UGAGUUCUGACAUGCUGGGAAGCUCAUUUAGUAAAUCUUUCCCCUUUCCAAGUGAACUUCCUCCUGAAGAUGGUUUAGGGACAAAGAUCAAGUUCUAAUUUCUGCAAUCCCUGACAAUGGUCCUUUUGCUUCACAGUCUUGCUGUUCUAUGAUUUCUGACAUGCUGGGAAGCUCAUUUAGUGAACUUUUCCCCGUUCCAAGUGAACUUCCUCCUGAAGACGGUUUAGUCAUGUACGGUAUUGAUACUUAUCAGUUGAAUGAUUCCUUGGAUGGAAAUGCGAAGCAGAAGUCUGUUCUUGAAGAUGGUUGUUUUUGCUGUGAAUAUGGAUCUGAGCAGGCAAACUGUUCACAGAAGCUAGUUCCAAUUAAUGGUUUUGCCUUAGCCUCAAAUUAUGCUCAAAGCUGUUUUUCCAGGGACAAAGAUCCAGUUUUAACGGAUGAACAAAAUGAUUGUGGAGCUUUAUUCUAUGACUCCCCAUGCUUUCCAAGCUUGGAUAUUCCAUUUUUCAGUUGUGAUCUUGUUCAACCUGGCAGUGAUAUGCAACAAGGGUACAGUCCACUUGGCAUUCGCCAACUGAUGAUAUCUUCCUUGAAUUCAUUCAAAUGGUGGGACUCACCAUCUAGGGAAGAUAGUUCAGAUGCUGUUCAGAAAAGUAUUGCCAAAACUUUUACAGACGCACCAUCUAUACUGAAAAAAAGACGCCGCGAUCUGGUGUCUCCUCUGUCAGAAAACAGAAGUCUGAAACAGCUUGAAAGUGACUUGAGGCAGGACUCACUAUCCAACCUGUCCAUUGAAUGUUCUGGAUUAGAGGCCGUGUGUGAUGAAUGUGUAGACCAGAAAGUACUUAUGCUGUCAUCAUCUCCAAAUGACAGAAGAAACUCUGAAUCUACUUGGGUAGAUAAAGAAAAUGUGAUUCCUGAUUUUGAAGAGGGGAGAGAGGAGGGCAACAAAAGCUUUGUAAUUUCGGGAAGCAGAAUGCUACAGAAAGAAUUAAACAGCAGUGAGUUUAUGAAGAUAAAACAACAGAGUGCAAUAAUGGAUAUCAAAAAUAUGGCUGGAGGCAAUGAUUCAGUAAAAACCGGGCGCACCCUUGAUUUUAAUGAGUGUGGGACACCGGUGAAGAAAGCUGAAAAGUUGUCUAGCAGCAUUGGUUGCUCAAGUCCCUUCCCCCAUCUAAAGAGUUUCAGGUAAAAGGCGCUCAUAGCCGAGGCAUUGUGCUGUAAAAUCUGAGAGUCUAUACAUAUGUCUCCUUAGAUUAGUGUAUGAAUUGGUUUAUUCCAUUGUAAUGCUCUAAAAUCUGAGAGUCUACACAUGUCUCCUUUGAUUAGAGAGUGAAUUAAUUUAUUCUGUCGUUUAAAUUUUGUCAAAGUGUGUGGAGUUAUUAUAUGAAUUAUCUAUAGGUAUUGUUUUGCUGAAGUAUUAUCAUGGUUAAAUCUUUGGUUUCACAAUGUAAUUUUCACUACAACGAUCAUUUUAAAUGAUUUUGGGCUUGUCUAUUA